AUUGAAAUUAUCUUUGUUCGUGGUUGUUGGAUCUGGGGGAUUUUGGCACAUCUUUAGCUUACAAGUUAUGUUGCUAUGGCAUUAAAUUACGUUAUAUCAUCUCUGAGACUUUGGCGCGCAGUGUGUGGAAGUGUGUGUCGACAGGGAUGUCAGACAUCUUGUUUCGUUGGAUCAAGUAUAAAAUACAACUCAACUAAUGCUGCCAUGUUAGUCGCUGAGAGUGAUGAAGACAUGAAAUUAUCAGAAAAUGAUGAAGUAACAAAAAACUUCGUGAACAGAAAUCCACGCAACCUGGAAAGAAUGGCGCUACAACAUAAAGAUAAAGGAUGGAAGUUAAGCCACCCAAGAAAAGACUACUGGCAUAAGCUGAUUUUAGUUAAAACUAAUAGGCAUGUGUCUGCAUAUGUAGAACACAUAACUGGCCAUGUACCAGUGUCUGCAUCAAGUAAAGAAUGGGCAAUUAAGAAGUAUCUGUAUUCAUGUGGAGAUGUAGUGGCUGUAUACAAUGUUGGUAGAGUGCUAGCACAGAGAUGUCUACAAGCUGGUAUUGGACAUGUACACUGGCAUGUUACACCACAGUUCUUUAACACUGAGAAGACCCAGAAGUUUGUGGAAGCUAUGAAGGAAGGUGGUGUUGUCCUGAAUGAACCCAAAUCUAUAUUUGAUUUCCGUGAGCCUAUUGAAUACUUUCCCGAUAUUGACCAUGAUCCUACACCACCAAAGAGAAAGAUGACAAGAAAAGAAGCCAGAAGAAAACGUUUAUCUUUAGAUUUUUAAAUAAAACGAAACCCCUUAGUCUUAAU